GAACUCGAGGGAAAAAACAAGCUCCGACUGGGAAAAUUGAUCUGAAACAGCCAUCGAACUCGGAAUUCCAGCUCUGUCCGAGCUCUGACUUUCCGACCUUAAGAUCACUGACUUCAUGAUUUGACGUGGCAGGUAGCCUUGUGGUUAUAGCCUUUGGGCCAGUAACCGAAAGGUUGCUAGAUCGAAUCCCCGAGCUGACAAUGUAAAAAUGUCAUUCUGCCCCUGUACAAGGCAGUUAACCCACUGUUCCUAGGCCGUCAUUGUAAAUAAGAAUUUGUUCUUAACUGACUUGCCUAUUUAAAUUUAAAAAACAAUUUGAUCGCGUAUUUUUCUGAGUUCCCAUGUGUCUUGAAGGCUGCAUUAAACCACAGAACAAUGAGACAAAUAUUAAACCGGAUGUAUAAAAUUCUCUAACGAAAAUAUGCAAAUAUAUGCUACCUCCUCGCUUGUUCUGCCCACCAUGAUUCAUUUUCUCCCAUUGGAAACGACAGGCUCUGGUCUAUUUUGGGUUAGUGAUACGUUCCUCCAUUCAUUGCCCAACAUGAUUCCUAUCUCCUCCUUUCUCUAACAUCUCUGGGGUGGAUCGCUGUGACCGUAUAAAUAAAACGGACAGACAGGUCUGCUUGCAAAAGAGGGUCCUUCCCAACUCAACUCUGGGUGGGGUGACGAUUCUGUUAAUUUAUAUUCUGUAUCAAAGAAGCACAACAAGGUCUGUGAGGAUGAUGUGAUGGGACAACACCAACCAGGGCAGGUGAAAACCGUAAAUGUACGGGCUGAUUCAACUCCAGCAAAUUUAUAAACAUAAAAGGGAAGAUAAUUUUUAGGUAUAUUAGUGGUUUGCCGAAGGCUACUUGUAUGUAUUUGUUUUAACCAGCUAAUCUAACGUAAUGGCGACCGAGUGCACCCAAGAAGCGGUCGUACAAUUUCUGACCGAGCGAGGAGGGAGAGUGAAAAAACAGGAAUUCGUUGACUAUUUCAAAGCUGUUUUCCCGGAAGACCCUGACCAGAAAGCAAUUGUUCGGGAGAAAUUCAAGGGAUACGUGGACAACGUCGCAUUUGUAAAGUUGGAGAAUGGAGUGAAAUGUGUAUGUUUAAAAAAUAAGUAUCGAGUGGAAAAAGACAGCGCGUGCAAUGGCAACGAAACCGGCACCUUUUUGGAACAAGAUAGGAGCACCCCUGUCCUAUCAAAAUCAUAUAAGAACUUGAUAGAAGAUUGUGCACCACAACUGCAUCUGUCAGCAUCUUCUGCUGGGGGUGUGCGCUCUUGUGAAACCACUGCAAACGAGGAGGCACAACAAGAAAUUUCACCUGGCUCGGGUUACGGAACUGACAAUGCCGCAGGAGUGAGACCGCCUGACAUUUCAGGAAUUAUAUUGGAAGGUAACAUUUUAGAAAGAGCUGCGUCAACAAGGUCUGUAGUUCAGAACAAUAGUUUACCAGACAUUAUGGGAAAUGCGUUAGGCCUUGGUGGCAAUGGAGAGCAGAAAUUGACCAAGGAGGACCUUCAGACAUUGCAACCGCACGACAUACCGCAAAUUGCAGUGAUUGAGAGGUCACCUUUACCUACAGCCGCGGGUGGCUCUAUGUUCCACUUACCAGGACGUCAAUUCCCAACUAAUGCACAGGACAGCCUGCUGUCCAGUCACCCUUCAUCAGAGGACGGGGCAGACGAAGGCCAUAAUUAUGAUUUGCUACUGAGCAAAUCGGGGAGUGACAGCAACACACCUAAAAGUAGCCAUAACAACUUUAUUGAGCUCAUGAUGAACAGCUCCCCCCAGGUGCGACGCAGCAUGGUGUUGAGGAACUCUGUCUACCUGUCUACAAAGUACAGGGACUGUGCCCGGAGCGACAGUGACUCUGCCUCUGUGUUUUCUUCUACUACAGACGAAGACAGAGCUUCAGUCACUCUGGACCCGUUGGAACACGAAUGGAUGAUGUGUGCAUCCGACGGCCAAUGGGAGAGUCUCCACCGCCUCCUUUCCUGUGAACCGAACCUUGCCAUGAAGAAAGAUUUUGUGACUGGGUUCACCUGCCUGCACUGGGCUGCCAAGCAAGGCAAACAAGAACUGCUGGCACUUAUCAUGAACUUUGCCAAAAAACACACAGUACCCAUCAACAUCAAUGCCCGGUCAAGUGCCGGCUACACACCACUACAUCUAGCAGCAAUGCACAACCAUGUUGAAGUGGUGAAGUUACUGGUAGGAGCCUAUGACGCAGACGUAGAGGCCAGAGAUUACAAUGGGAAAAGGGCGUGUCAGUAUCUUACGAACAGUGUGGCCGUUGAUAUCCGUGACAUCAUCGGGGCGGGUGGUGGCGCCGACUCGGACUCAGAGAACACAGACGAUGGGGGGCAUUGGCGGUUGUCUAAAGUUCUCCAGUCUAAUCUGAUGCCCCUCAAACUGCACAAUCACAGUGAGGAGGACACAGGUGAUGGAGCAGGGCAGGCCAGGCAGAAACCCUUGCGAAGGAAAUCAUCCCUUAGCAAGAUGAGGCCCAAACUUCAGAAGAUCCGCUUCAGAUCUUCGCAGAUAGUUCACAGCACUUCGUUCCCAGCACACUGUGAGACAGAGGAGCUUAACGGGUCCAGGAAAAGCUCAUUUAAAUCCAGACCCAUGUCAAAUCUGUUUGGCUGAAGAAUAGCCUUUAAGUACACUCGACAAAGAGCAAAUCAACUACUACAGUGCAGAAUGACUGACACAAUGCGGUAUAGUCUGAUGUUACAAGUGUUUUGUUUUUUUGUGGCAUAGGCCAAGUCUGUUGUUACACAUACUUAAUGGUUUUUACCCCAGGCAUUAUAUGAAUAUGCUGAACUAACAGAGUACGGUAUUACAUGAUCUAUUGAGUAACUGGCCAGAUUGCUACCCCUGGUUAGGCUAAAUAUUUCUGUCUUAAUCCUCUUAUCAUGCCAGAAGUAGCCAAGGAGGUUUUACAGUUCGUCUGCUUUAACCCUUAACGUACAUGUAAAGCUGCCUGCAACCAACUGGGCAAAGAUGUCAGUUCAACGUCUAGUUUUGAUUUACAUUUCGUUGAGUUUUUAACUAAUGUGAAUUCAAUGUGAAAUCGACAAAAAAAUGACACCAUGUCAUUGGAUUUGGGUUAGAAUUUGGGUGAUUUUAAAAAUAUUAUUUUUUUAAAUAUGACAUUAUCUUCCAUUGAAGAUCAGAACCAAGGAGAUCAGAACAAAACAUUUUUUUUUUUCAUAUCCAAUCAGUUUCCCACGUUGAUUUGACGUCUUCAUAUUACAUUUUUGGGGGUUGAAAUGGCAUGGAAACAAGGUUGACUCAACCUGUUUUUGCCAAGUGGGAAGUGUUUAAACUUCCAAGUUAUUUGACCACAUGGUAGAAACAAUGUAAUUGAUUUCACAAUGCUUGGGAGCAAUUCUAUCUUAUUACUGUCAGACUGUUAGUGAUGCUAUGAAUUUAUUCUCCCUUUUAUAUUUAAAGUUGCUUUAAAGCACUUUGAUUUGAAAGCGUUAUUGAUCCAGCUUUCCUGCGGUGGAUGCCAUUCAGUCCAGCUGAAAGACUUGAGAUGGGAAUUUACUUCCUCUUUGUUUUCAAGUGGAGGAUUGGAGGCCAAUGAAAAGGCCUCUGGUCCUUUAAGUCUGUAAUCGGGAUCAGUAGAGGAGCCUUCUGUGUCACAAGGUGCGCUUUUUGUUGAGCGUAUGGUAGGCCUGCUGUGUGUAGUGCUAUGACGAAAGAUCAGGUUUCAUAACAAUUCUCAGUCCACCUUGAAUUACGCUAUGCAGUUAUACUCACUUUAUGACCCUCUGAUCAUAGCUCCUUAUUUUGAGUUGUCUAAGGCUGCAGUUGUCUGGUGUUAAGUUGUAGGCUACCCUCUGAUCUGUUAUGCACCAGUGGUUUUCUAUCAAGCUCCAGCUUGCUGACCCAGGAGAGCCUCUACACACAAUAAUAAGAAUGUGAAAAAAAUGUUUUUAGAAAUGUUUGCAAAUAUAUUGAAAAUUAAAUGCAUAAAUAUCUCAAUGACAAAAGUAUUCACACCCCUGGGUCAAUACUUU